GCGGGGAGGAUGUGAGCGAGCAGUAGAUACUCCCACAUCCCUCUCUCUCUUCUCAGGAUCAAAACAAGCACACAAUUUCGUUGAUCAAUGAGGGGAGUUGUUGAUAAUGUUUUGCUGAAAUCAGCUUUAAUAUUCGCUCUACCGCAGCCAAAGUUGUAAUAUGAACACAUGGAAGGUUUUACAACGGAAAAUAUACGACGUUUUGUCUCACAAAUAUUUUCUUAUAGUGUUAUUUCCAUGUCUAAUAUUGACUCUUCUGCUUUUGUCUAUAAUUCAAGUUGGAGAGGUUUGGACCAUCUGGUUCGAGAGAGGCCAACAUGGAAAUUACGUGUCAAAUCCCGGGAGUCCAUGUUCCGCUGAUAUUGAAAUUGAUGCUGUCUAUACAUGGGUAAAUGGUUCUGAUCCUACUCUUUUAAAAGAUCUGAAGUAUCAUAGGGAGAAAAAUGAAAUAAUUGAUAGGUGGGCUGAAUGUCCUUACCCAGAUUGUGAACCCUCGCAUAUUGUUUUGUACAGAGGAUGUGGAAAAUUUUCUAAGCUACUAAGAGACCAGCUUCCACCUAUUGAAAGAUUAGAAGCUGGUCCCAAUUCAGUCACUAGUCUAGUCACCUCCUCAUAUUGUCAAAAUGAGACGUCGAGUCUGAUAUACUUCUCCAGCAUUGAUCAUGCUGCAAAAGCUAUUCUAACAAAAGUUAAUGGAUCCCUCUCACAAGGAUUUUGGACCACAGACCAUGGACUUCCUGAGAGUUAUCCAACACCUCAAUGGAUUCGACUCUCCGGUUUGGUGUCAAAAUUUUUUUCAAUUCCGGCUGAUUCUAUGAAGAAAAUGCUUUCCAAGCAAAUUCACUCUGAUAUUUUAGAAAUUUGGCCCAAUGCCGAGCAUAGCUUUGUAAUCUUGAAGCUAUUAACCCCACAGGCUGUUGAUCAAAUCUUUUUGAAAUCAAGAGUACUCAAUCUAGCUGGAGACUUAGUAGUUGUUACCAAAAUUGCUUUAGUUUUUAAUUACCCUGUAAGAAACCGCUUUGAUCACUUCGCACCAUCAAGAUUUGAGGAUAAAGAGGAACUUCGAUAUUCCUUACGGUCACUUGAAAAGCAUGCACCAUGGAUCCGUCGUGUCUAUCUUGUGACUAAUGGACAAAUUCCCCACUGGCUUGAUUUAGAUAACCAACGUAUCACAUUGGUCACUCACAAAGAUAUAUUUCCAAAUCAGAGUCACUUACCAACAUUUAGCAGUCCUGCUAUUGAAUCCCAUCUGCAUAAGAUAAAAGGACUUUCUAAUAAAUUUUUAUACCUGAAUGAUGAUAUCAUGUUUACUCAAAAUGUAUGGCCUGAGGAUUUCUUUACAAAUUCAAAAGGAUUUAAGAUCUACCUCUCCUGGCCUGUUCCGGAUUGCAGUCCCACAUGUCUAUGGUCAUGGGUUGCAGAUGGCUCAUGUGAUUCUGAAUGUAAUGUAGUUGAGUGUGGAUUUGAUGGAGGUGAUUGUAAUGGAACAGACAGCUUCCCAAAUUCAUUGAAGAUUCGCCUGCCAAGGGAAGAAUUUUCUGUCUAUGAUGAAUUUUACGAUCUAGCCCUGGAGAAAGCCGACAACUUUAUGAAGAAUGCACCUGAUAUCAAUUUCAAUUACUUGCAAGCACCAGCUGCAGGUCUUGCUGAAAACAAUCUCCACAGUCGAAUUAAAAAAGUAGCUCUAAUUCCUGGGGAAGAAGAUGAUGACCUUAUAAGACUUCAAGAACCAAACAGAGACUAUGGAGGAAGAGACAGUACAAAGCGGCACAAACGAGCUGCUGUGAAGAAGAACUUGGCUAGCAAGAGCUACUUUGAAAGUAGCAUGGUAGCAGGCCAGUCUGCUGAUUUCCCUGGAAGUGUAACAAAUUCAGACAGUGGUAUAAGACGGGCUCUACUUGCUGCAGAUCAACUCAAAGGGGCUGAACGACCAAGGCAUAGAUCACCGUUCCCACAAACAGAUGUGAAUAAUACAUCUGUUGAAAUGAAUAGCAAAAGGAUUGUAAGAACUGGUGGAACAUCAAAAUUAAAUGGUUCCCUUUAUGGUUCAAUUAAUGAUAGACAGCAGAAUCAUGGCCAGUUUCCUCAACAUGCAAACUCACAUCCAAAUCAAAGCAUUACAUUAAGUGUCAACAAUACAACAAAUAAUUUACGAAGCAUUACCAUGAUCAACAACAGUUUGAGAAGCACUCAUGUACUGACAUCUGUGAGAAAUAGAAAUGUAAAGAAUUUCUUGAGAUUAUUAAAUUCUACCAAAGAAAAACGUCUACAUAAUCUUAUGGAAAAUGAGCUAAAUGAGUCAAUUGAUCAGACGUUGAUGGAGAAAGAAAAUCAUAGGCAAAUAUGGUACGGAAAGUCAAAACAUAGAAUAUUGGACUCCUUCGCAGAAAGUCUAUUGCAUGUCAACAUGUUAUAUAACCGUGUUUAUGGAUUUGAGACUAGACGUGUCCCUGCUCAUGCUCCCCAUCUGAUUGAGAAACAUAUAAUGGGUGAACUACAAGAAAAGUUUCCAAAAGAGUGGGAGGAGACAUCAUCUCAUAAGCUGAGAAGUCCUAAAGACAUGCAGUUUGCUUUCUCUUAUUUUUAUUUUUUGAUGAGUGAGGAAAAAGAUAUGAGUGUUGAAGAACUCUUUAAUUUAUAUGAUACUGAUCAUUCCAGAACUUGGUCUGAUAGGGAGAUUCGCACAUUGAUGACAAGGUUGUACCCAGCUCCAUUGAAUCCACAUCACCUGCUUCAAUUCGAAGAGUUUGUUUUAACUUGUGCGAAAAACGCUCCUUCAUCAGAGGCUCCAGCAAUACAAAUGUCCACACCUAUGUAUGAAAGAUAUCAGGAUUCCCCAUUGCCUACUGUCACCUGGAAUUUAGUAAAUAAUUGCCCAGCAUUAAAAAAAUUAAUGUUAACCAAUCUGGGCAAGGAAAAAAAAUACCCGUAUGAAAUUGUGAAGGAGUGGAGCAAAGAUGUUAUAUUCAAAAUGCUUCACUCAAAUGUUUCACAUCUUGUUGGGCACUUAGAUGACAUCCGUCGGAAUCCCAAGAAGUUUGUGUGUCUAAAUGAUAACUUGGACCCAAAGCAAGAGACUGAAAAUGCUAUGGUUCGAGCUGUUUUGAGGGACUUUUAUCAUUCUUUUUUCCCUCUCCCCUCAAAAUUUGAGCUACCCCUUGAUAUGCGCAAUAGAUUUCUUCAUGUAACUGAGCUAGAGGACUGGAAAAAAAGUAGAGCUCAGCUACGUAUUGCAGCCAUUCUUGCUGUUAUUACUUUGUGUCUUCUAACUUUUGCUGUUGUAUGUCCAGAGGAGGUUCGUCAUUACGGACGCAGAAUUUUUGAGCUGGCAUUUUGUUAUCAACGGCGAAGACCGAGUAGAAUAAGAGGCAAAAGCCGCAGCCCAGUACGUGGCUCAAGUAGCACUCGCUCAGUAUGACAUCAAAUAUUGUGUUAUCAUUGUGAUCAUUCCCUUUUGUGAAGUCUUAUUUUCUGCUGUGACACUGAACCCUUUGUAUAAGCCAAAAAAGAUGAAUUUUGCUGAAUAGGUGUAUAAAAUUUCCAAAAUUUAUUUUGUGUUGGCUGACUUUUACAUAUGUAUUUGUUGAAACAUUGUGAUAAUGUAUUUCUUAAGUAAUGGUUUCACUUCACACCAGAUCUUUCUUGAAUACUAGUACUAGUACGAAUGAAUUAGCCAGAUAAGUUUUUCUAUAUUGUGUUUUGUACUACUGUACCUAGAAGUGUCAUACCUUUGAGUUGUUGUGCCAUCCUUACAGUGAUUAUUGUAUUUUUUUGUCGUUGAUUGUUAUAGAAACUUUAUUGAUUAUAUCAAAAAAGGGGAGCAGUAAAACUAUCAGGUGCAUUUAAUACAUAAUUCAAAUCUUAAAGAUUUAGUUUAGUUUUAUUUUUGUAAUCUAAGUAGUUGCCAUAAUUACUGUGACAUGCAAAGUUAUGUUCUUUCAUGUAUUUUUGCUCAUACUCCUGUCUGGCAAACAAAGCUCAUUAUUGUUCUAAUAAGCUUUGUAUGGGUAGCAUUUUUAUUGUAAUGAUGUCCUACCACUCCUACUCAUUAGAUUGUACCCCACCACAGUGACCACUAGGUCUCUAGUGAAUAUAUCCUGUUAUUAGCUUUUAUCUUUAGAGUGGGCCAUUGAUUUAAAAUGGAAACAAAAUGUCUAUGAGUUUUAAAGUUGUUUUUUUAGACAUUGAUUGAUCCUGUAUGCUUUACAUUAAUUUUUCAGAUCGAAGUUGGUAUUUUAUGUGUAGUUGUAAUUGCUAGUUCCUGCUUUAUUUUAUUUUGCUGAGGCACUGCUUGCGCAAUGUUAAAUGUGAUAAUUAUUACCACUUCUAAGUUUUGUUCUGACUGGUACUGUUAACUGAUUUUUAUUUUAUCUCCCUUUUUCUGUCUUUGAAGGCUUCAAAUUGACAAGUAGAAGUACUCACUUAUAAUCAGUCACAUUCUUUUUAAACUUAUUUGAAGUAUACUAUUACCUUUGUUUCUCCAUCUGGUGCCUUAAACAAUAAGUGUUUAAUGAAUCUGCCAAGCUAUUUAUCUGGUCAUAUCUAUUUUUAAAACCUAGUUAUUUAAUUUUGAUAAGACAAACUUGCUACCUAUCGUGAUUUUCAAUUUCCUACUGUGAGAAGCGUUUUGUAUUCCAAGGCAUUUAUUUGAGGGAUUUUUAUGUAUGUCUUAUUUCCAUGAAAAUGAAACCAAGUUGACGCUAUUUUUCAAAAAGAUGUAGUUACAAAGGUCUACAACAAAAAAGCAAAAGGAAAUGAGCUUUUUAAGGACCUUGUUGGUCAGUUUACUAAAAUAUGAGACCAAAGUAUCACAUGCCAUCAAGACUGAGCCAACAUGCAAAGAACAGUCCUAUUACACUCUAGAUUUAGGGAAAAUGAUCAAUCUGCAGAAUCAAGUUCCUAAAUUAUUUUUAUUAUUAUUAUUGUCUGUGAUUUGUCCUAAAUGAGAUAAAAUCUCAUACCAAUGAUAAGGUACACUCAGCUUUAUUAGUCUCUUUCUGUAGCAGUUUUUGUUAUAUCAUUUUUGUAACAGCUUCAAUAAAGUGAUGAACUGUAA